AUUAUGCCGUUUCCGUUUUACCCAUAAAUCGCCACGAGUAAACAUGCGCACUAAAUAAUUACUAUCGAUGGGCGCCUGAAGUGUGGGGAAGGAAAUUUUGUCAGUUGGCGAAUAUAAGCGCAUAUAUAGACAUUUCCUCUUUUAUUGAACCAUUUGAGGUGGCAAUUGACAUUCAUAAUCCUAUAUUUUGUGACAAGGUGUGUGACAAUUUGUGUUGUUGUUGAGAACAUACGUGCAGAAGUUGGAGUUAGUGAUUGACCGAUAGGUGGCAGUAGAGUCGUUUAGUUUACUCGCAACACGUGCGCGAUGUAAACAAAACGCAACGAGUACGUUAGGUGAAGUGAUCGUGGUGUGAUAUGUUCACAGUGUUUCUGAACAAUGAGUGUGGAAGUGAAAACGCCGACGAGAACACAGUUUGAGCACACUGAAUUUCAGUGUGGUGAAAAAACAACCCCAGAGCUGAACUACAGUGCAGAAGAUGAUGAUCGUGCCGCAAAGUUUGACUUUAAGAAGGAACAAGACAGCCAAUCCAAAUCACAAAACAUUGGAUAUAGAAAGAGAAAGGCUAGUCAUGCCAGUAAGAAUGACUUAACAAUUCAGCAUGGAGGAUAUAGGAAGAAAAGGUUUCGAUCAGAGAGUAACAUAGUGCUUCCAACUAAGUUUUUACUAGGUGGGAAUAUUAAUGAUCCAUUAAACUUAAACAGUUUAAAUGAUGAAACAAUAAAUGAACUCCUUAAUCAGAAGACUCCCCAAUCUUCUCCACUUCCAACCCCCCACCAUCGGAAGGACAUAGAGGUGACAAUCCCCAUUAACAUUAAUGAUCCUCUGAAUUUGGACAGUAACGAGGAUGUCUCGUCUAAUAAGAAGAAGAAGCGGAAUAAACAUAAACGAAAAAGUGAGGAUGCACCAUUACCGCAGAAAGAAUCGGAAAAAAGGCGAGGAUUGAUGGAGGCUCUGAAAAUUGAGAUAGAUGACACUUUUCCUACUGCUCCAGUGGUGCAGGAGGAUUCUCCACAGAAUGAAUCUGUCAAAUUAAAAUUUAAAAAACCAGACACAAUUGUAUCCCCUGUUAUACCUCAGAUUUCACCAAGCAGUCGCCGUUUCCGUCGAAGAACAUUAAGUAUGAGCGAUGCAAGACCAGACCAACAGCCGUCACAAAGUACAUCAAGAUCCAUUCUGCGGACGUCCCUUAGUCCCCCCAGGCAGUCAGCAUUAGAAAUUGAGGACUUCACACCUGGGAGAAAGUUCAGAAGACAAGUAAGCCAAAAAUCUGACAGAUCUCAGAAGAAAAAUCGAAGAAAUAAGAAAUUUAUAUAUGGAAAUUAUAAUCGAUACUAUGGGUAUCGGAACCCCGAUGCUGAGGAAGAUCCCCGACUGGAGUGCAUGAGAGGAGAGUGGUUUGAGGGGAAGGAUGUGUUAGAUAUUGGAUGUAAUGUAGGACAUGUUACACUGACAAUAGGGAAAAGGUUUCAUCCUAGGAAAGUGGUCGGAAUAGACAUUGAUCACACACUCAUUGCAGCUGCCAGAAAAAACAUCAGGAAUUACAUGUCCAAUAAAUCAACCGAGGUUCAGAAAUACCCGCUGUCAGUACCGAUUAACUAUGGUCCCAUUGCCGCCCCCGCUGUAUCCCAUAAUUCACAGAAUCCAGGUUUCCCUGCCAAUGUAGCAUUUAUGAAGGAGAACUAUGUUCUGGAGAGCGAUGAGCUGGUUGAUCUACAGCACGAAGAGUAUGAUGUCAUUAUGGCUCUGAGCCUCACAAAGUGGAUCCAUUUGAAUUUUGGUGACAGUGGACUGAAGAGGUUUUUCAGACGAAUCUUCAAGCACCUGCGGCCUGGUGGUAGACUCAUUCUGGAACCACAGCCAUGGUCAUCGUAUAAAAAGAAGAAGAAAAUAUCAGAGGAGAUUCAGAAGACUUUCCAGGAGAUUCAGAUGAGACCAGCUCAGUUUUCAGAUUAUCUUCUAUCCAGGGAGGUGGGAUUCACAACUUGUGAAGUUAUAGACAUCCCCUACCACAAAUCCAAAGGUUUUAGAAGACCCAUCCAGAUGUACAGAAAACAAGAAACUGCACACAGCAGUCCAAAACAGGAUCUGCAACUCUCACAAACAGCAACAAUAGCUCACAGCAGCCCAAAACAGGAUCAGCUGUCACAAACAACAACUAUAGCUCACAGCAGCCCAAAACAGGAUCAGCUGUCACAAACAACAACCAUAGUACAGAGCAGUCAUAAGGGAACCAAUAAGGAACAGUUCUCACAAAGAACAACUAUCUCCCACAGCAGCCAAGACGGAACUAGCCAAUCAGAAAUCAGACUUGAUCUGGAUAUAAUCACCCAAUCAGAAAACAGCUCGGAUUUAGUGACCCAAUCAGAAAUCAAAGUUGACUUAGAGGUGUUCACCCAAUCAGAAAAUAGACUGAAUCAGGAGAGGAGCAAUAAAUCAGAUUGAAGCACAGUGCAGAGUUUAGUUAUUUGAAGGAUGAUGCAAAAACUAAAAUUCUUGGAAGAGCAAAACUGCAAAUCACCAGGAGAGACUUUACAACUUCCACAAAAUAUAUUUUUAAAAUAUUACUGCUGAAAAGUGCUGAAUCAUGAAUAACUUCAAUUUUGUCAAAAAAAUUGUUACAAUGAACAGUGCAAUAUAUUUUGAUUUUGAUAGUAUCAGAGCGUUAAGGUGGCAUGUGCCUGAUUUCAGUUGUAUCAGAGAAUUAAGGUGGCAUAUGCCUGAUUUCAGUUGUAUCAGAGAACUGAGGUGGUUGAUGCUGAACUGACUGGACCUUGUUGCUGAUCCAUUGUUCCGUGUCACAGAAAAAAUGCAGUGAACUUGUUAACUGGCAGCUUCAUGUUAAAUUCUGUGCAUGAUUGUUCCAUGUGUGACAUGGAAACAUUACAAACAUGUAUGUAAUUGUUCUAAACCUAAACAACAUAUGCUAUAAAUUUGAAAUACAAAAAAAUGAAUCUU